AUGUUCAAUCGUCGACGGAGACCAGUUCUCGGCGCUGCCGUACUUGUUGGCGCAUCUAGGGCAGCCGCUAGGCACGAAGUACAGAGACAGGCAGUUGCGGAAUCUCAACGUGAGAUGGACAUACAACGUGAGGUCGAGGUACGGAGGCUCCGAGAGGUAGAAAUGGAACAAAGAACACAACGCGCCGUCGACGAAGCGAUGAAGAAAGCAGCUUUGGAGAACCCAGCUCCGCAACAGAGCCCUGCUGUGAUGAUGGUGCAACCGCCUCCACAGCAAUUUUACAAUAACCAACAACCGAUACCAAUUCAAUCGCCAGGACAGUCCUACACAGUGGGUACAAACAUGAUGCCUGGCCUACAGCCGGAGCAGAUUAUGCGCGCUCCAUCUCCGCAACCUCCAGCAUACUCAUCAGAGUCCCUAUCACAGGAUAGGCCAAAGAGUGCGCAAGGCAUUGGCUCUGCGUCACCAGCUCUAGAGUCGAGCGUUCGGUAUUGUUCCCAAUGUGGCUUCAGUUGUCAAAUCGGGGAUAAAUUCUGCAGCCGAUGUGGCUCAAAGCAAGUUCCCUAA